AUGCUGAGAGCACACCAAGACCAAGAGAACCUGGUCUCCAUCCACCAGGCCAAUGCAGCCACCAAGCAGCACGGCACAACCAGGACCCUUCAGCCAAAGACUCCUGGAGCUCGAUACCCAAAGACACCUCUCAAGGUUCCCCUUAAUGAUGAGAACGUGGUGCGUGGACUGGGAGGGAAGAGCAUCCUCACAAACAAGACAAAAGGCGACAGGGCACAAUGGCAGACCCCUGCAGAACCUCGGACAGAGAGGCCAGUGCUAGGGGACAAAACAACCAACACCAAGGCGAGGCAGCAGGCCAUUGGCAAGACUCCUGCCAUCGGUGACAUUGAGAAAAGCCAAGUUAAACCCACCACCGUGUCUCGGCCCAAGCCAGCAGCCAACAAGGUGGAUUCCUCCAAGCUGCAAAUCCUCCAAGACAUUACCUCCGAUCCACUAUCCACGGAACCGGACACCAAUGCACCACCUCCAGAGCCCCUCCCGUACGAGUCCGAUGUCUGGCCAGAUGGCGUCCUUACCUUCGAUGGAAUCAGGCCUCAGAACCGUCUUAAGGGGCACUUCGAAUACUACCACAAUCGGAAGGAUGAGAAUGGGACGACAAGGCUCGACAGAGAGAUGGAGGCUGCCAGGGUGAGGCGCCACAAGGAGGCCGAGGCAAAAAUCAAGGAGGACAUGGAGCAGGGCUUCAAGUGGGACCUGGGACUUCUGGAGUCUCCUAAGAAGAAGAAGGUGGUGCCUGUGAAGGAUCUAGAGGCUACAGACAAACUUCUCGUUCGACCUGGCGCAACGAGAGCCCCUCCAACUAUUGCUUCAAGACGGGCAGCUUCAGCAUUGGGGAUGGCGGGCAAGACGCCUACGACAUCCACAACGUCUACGACGAACCUUCAGCGAAAGCCACUUGCCCCCCAAAUCGGCUGCAGCUACCAAUGCGAGCAAGUUGCCGAGCUUCAUGCAGCCCACCAGGGCCAGGCCAGCACCGCCAUCAGCAGCCGCCGCAGCGCCUCCUCGGCCCUCCACGACGGCGCUGCCCAGGACCAGCAGCACGUGCACAGCAGAUCCGAAGCAAGGUCGCGUGUCUUCUCCAGGACAGCGAGCGGGGCAAGUGAUUCGACCGUCACGCCGGCGUCCUACGCCAAGGAUAACGCGAGUCCAAAGCCUGACUUCGUCUCCAUCUUUGAUGUGACUCCGAGGCCAGACGAGGACGAGAGUGGCAAUCUCUUUGGAAACGGCGGCGGUGGCGCUGACGAUCUAUUCGGUGCAAUCGAGCACGAUGAGGACGACUUUCAGCUCCAGUUGAGCCCUUGA